AUGUUGGGAAAGAUCGCUCUCGAAGAGGCCUUUGCGCUGCCUCGAUUCCAGGAGAAGACCAGGUGGUGGGCGGGCCUGUUCGCCACCGAUGUUGAAAAGCACGUCGCCGAGAUCACAGACGUCGAUUCCAUUCGAUUAAACUUUGCGGAGAAGCAUGGCGUCGGCCUCCAAAUUCUCUCGUACACUGCACCCGGCGUGCAGGACAUCUGGGAUCCCAAGGAUGCGCAGGCGCUAGCCGUCGAGAUCAACGACUAUAUCGCUGAGCGGGUGAAGCAGCAUCCCGAUCGGUUCGCCGCAUUUGCAACACUGUCCAUGCACGACCCCCAUGAAGCAGCCCAAGAACUCCGUCGUACGGUCACUCAGUACGGCUUCCUUGGAGCCCUAGUGAACGAUACCCAACGCGCCGGCCCCGACGGCGACGACAACAUCUUCUACGACAACGAAAAAUGGGACGUCUUCUGGGAGACUCUGACGGAGCUCGAUGUGCCCCUGUACCUGCACCCGCGCAACCCCACAGGCACCGUCUAUGACAAGCUGUGGGCAGACCGGAAAUGGCUCGUCGGUCCUCCGCUCUCUUUCGCCCAUGGUGUCAGUCUGCAUACCCUGGGCUUAGUGACCAACGGCGUCUUUGAUCGCCACCCGAAGCUCCAGAUUAUCAUCGGCCAUCUCGGCGAGCAUAUUCCCUUUGACAUGUGGCGCAUUAACCAUUGGUUCGAAGACCGGAAGAAGCUCCUCGGCCUGCAAGAAACAUGCAAGAAGACUAUCCGCGAAUACUUUGCGCAAAACAUUUGGAUCACUACCUCCGGGCAUUUCUCGACGACUACGCUCAACUUUUGUAUGGCGGAGGUUGGGGCUGAUCGUAUUCUGUUUUCUAUUGACUAUCCGUUUGAAACCUUCGCGGAUGCUUGUGAUUGGUUUGAUAAUGCGGAGAUGUCGAAUCCGGAUCGGUUGAAGAUUGGGAGGGAGAAUGCGAAGAGGCUCUUCAAAUUGGGAGACUAUAAGGAUAGUACAGCCUAA